AUGUCCGACAUAUCUCCCCCGUUAUCACAAGGUGUAGGGUAUGGAGUCGUGAUUGGUGUUGGGUUGUCAUUUGCAGCAGGAAUGAUAUUUGUCACCAAGGCAUUGAAAAGUACAGUGGGCGAAGAUAAUUCGAAUGCUGAAACAUUUAUUGUUGCCAAUCGGAGAGUCAGCACGGGUUUAGUUGCCUCGGCAGUUGUAUCUUCCUGGCUUUGGAGCACUGCAUUGCUGAGUGCCGUAUUGGUGGCCUAUCAAUACGGCGUAAGUGGCCCAUUUUGGUAUGGUGCUGGAUGCUCACCUAUGAUCGUCUGUUUUGCGUAUCUCGGCACUGUCUGUAAAAAGCGUGUGCCCAGCGCGCACACUGUUCUGGAAAUCAUCAAGAUGCGAUAUGGCACUGUCGCUCACUUAAGCUUCACCUUUCUGGCUGUGGUGAAUAAUCUCUUUAACACCAUCAACAUGAUUUUAGGUGCUUCAGUCGCCAUUACAUAUUUAACUGGGAUGCACAUCAUGGCAUCCACUUUCCUGCUGCCAGUUGGUGUGGUCAUUUAUACCCUCACUGGAGGUAUCAAAGCAACGUUUCUAACUGAUUAUAUUCACACUUUCAUUAUUUUGAUUCUGUGUUGUUAUUUGACCACCAAAGCGUUGACCAGCGUGGAGGUCAAGUCGAUUGGGGGUUUGUAUGAUCUUGUCAUUGCAGCUCAGCCAAAUCAUCUCGUGGAUGGAAAUUACCAAGGCUCGCUUUUUACCAUGACAUCUCAACAGGGAAUUUUUUUUGGAAUCAUUCUUUUGGUGUCAAACUUCGGAGCUGUCAUUAUGGAUACCGGAUACUUCACUAAGGCAUUUGCUGCGUCCCCAGAAGGUGUCGUUCCUGGAUACGUGAUUGGGGGUUUAUCUUAUUUCAGUAUUCCUUGGGCUCUUGGAACUAUUAUGGGGAUGGUUGCGUUGGGAUUGGAGAGCACAAAGGCCUUCCCAACAUAUCCGAGACCCAUGACUAGUACUGAAGUCACGAAUGGACUAGCUUUGCCUUACGCAGCCAUCGCGGUAGCGGGCAAAGGUGGCGCAGUGGCUACUCUCCUGAUGACUUUUAUGGCUGUUACGUCUACACUGUCAGCACAGGUCAUUGCUGUCUCUUCGAUUGUGGCCUUUGAUGGCUACCGCACCUACUUCAACAAGAAUGCAAACAAUCAAGAGAUAAUCUUCUGGAGUCGGGUGGGAGUGAUUAUAUUCGGCCUUGUCGCGGCAGGCCUCACUGCAAUGUUCCACUAUGUUGGCAUUGACAUGGGCUGGACCCUUUACAUGAUUGGAGUGAUCACCUGCCCCGGGAUAUUUCCCCUGAUACUGUCGAUUCUUUGGAGAAAGCAAAGCCGGAUCGCGGUCAUUGCGUCGGCGUAUCUCGGUCUAGCCACGGGCCUCGCUGUCUGGCUCGGAACAGCGCAUCAUUUCUAUGGUGCCGUUACAGUCUCUUCAACUGGACAGACAUUGCCAUGCAUGUACGGCACAGUGGCAUCUGCAGUUAGCCCGUUACUAUACUCCGUGUUGAUUACAUUGAUUGCACCGGAAGACUUCGACUGGAAGUCGAUGAGCAAUAACGACCUGGCUAUCCAUUCUGAGGGUGAAGUUACCGAGGUUACUAAAGAGAGAAAUGAAACGGGCCAGCUUUCCGAGUCAAGCCAAAGGAGAUGGUCACGAUACGCGUUAUUUUGGGCCGUUGCUACUUUCUUCGGCCACUGGGUUCUCUGGCCACUUCCGAUGUAUGGUGCUAGGUUUAUAUUCAGCAGAGGAUUCUUCAUCGCCUGGGUUGUGCUGGUUGGCCUUUUUGGAGAAAUACUGGGGUCGGAGGCAGACAACGUGCCUCUGGACUCGUCCGAGGAUGACGGACCGUUACUGCGCUGGAAAACCGACGGGCGGAAUAAGAACGGAAGUGGGCAUUUGAAGCGACAUGGGUGGUUGAGGGGAAUCUAUAGCCUGGCACUGGAAGGCCGGUUCCCGUCUGAUGCAUGCGAAGUCAUCUAUGGAGAUUCCACAACGCCAGCCGGAAGCUCAGAAGUUCAGGAUCUCAUUCACUUCCAAAAGCUGCGAGACAGUCUCUGCGCCGAGUUAGACUGUCAGGUUUGCUAUGCACUCCUUUUAGAUCCGAUGACGACGCCUUGUGGUCACACUUUUUGCCGAAAAUGUGUCGCGCGGGUCUUAAACCAUACAGAUCUGUGUCCCAUUUGUCGCCGAAAGCUAGGCAUUCCGAAUGAUCUACAGUCAGAGCCCAUAAACCAGCCUGUGGCACGGUUGGUCGAAUACUUUUUCCCCGACCAGAUCUCAGUCAGACGGGAGACCAGCGCCCAGGAUGAGACAGGCGCGGAUUACGCGAAGAGCUUGCCACUUUUUGUGUGCACGCUAUCUUUCCCGACAAUGCCCACUUUUCUCCAUGUCUUCGAGCCCAGAUAUCGACUUAUGAUUCAGCGGGUUCUCGCAAGUGGAAAUGGAAAGUUCGGCAUGGUCAUGCACAACCGGCAAGGCCGGGUACAGCCAGGUCAAUUACAUGACGCACCGUUUAUGCAAUACGGAACGCUAUUGAUGAUCGAGCGAUAUGAGCUGCUUCCAGAUGGUCGCAGUCUCGUGGUGGCUACAGGCGUAUCGCGGUUCAAGAUCGUCGACUCGGGAAUGCUGGAUGGCUAUUAUGUUGCCAAAACAGAGCGCGUAGAUGACAUCUCGCUCGCAGAGGAGGAGCGAUGUGAGUCGUUGGAGACCUCAACAGGCGGUGUAAAUGCUCUGUCAGAAGGGAAUGAAGCUGAUCCUCCGUUAGGCUCAAUGCCAACUCAACAGCUACUCCUCUCAGCAAGAGAGUAUAUCACCAACCAGCGCAGAUAUGGGGCUCCUUGGCUGCACCCGCGCGUCAUGCUAGCAUAUGGACCCAUCCCUACAGAUGCAGCCCGCUUCCCAUGGUGGUUCGCAAGCAUUUUGCCCAUCUCCGAAGAAGAGAAAUAUCCCUUACUCGCCGCCACAAGUGUUCGAGAGAGACUGAAACUCUCAGCAAAAUGGGCGAGACAACUUGAGGCUCGAGACUGGUCUACUCGCUCAUCACUCUACUCUGUCUUAUGA